AGGAAUUAUGGUUUUCCUAUGUUUGUGUGUAAUACAAUUCGCGAAGAUGGACUAAAUUUUAAAAAGAAUGAAUCAUAUUUACAUUGGCUUCACGUUAAGUUUUAUUUGUUUGUUCCUAGCGUAUUUUAUUUUACCCAAGCUUGUUAUUGUAGCAGUGCUGUGCGUAAUUUUGGCGGGUUUGUACUUCAAGGAUGACUUCACUCUUUUCCGUUAUAUAGCAACUCAUGUGGCCUCGUUUUAUUCGUGGAUUAGUGACAUUUCUUUGAGUAUUCAAACUAUGUAUCAUCAAAGUAACAACACUAAUUUUCCCAUUCGAAAACCUACUGAAAACAAUGGUGCUGUGUCAAAGAAGUUGGACAGAAUACAUCAUGGCUCUUCGUAUAACCUUAGCACAUCAUAUGUCGUAGAUAAUAAGUCAUUAAACGCUAGCUCUGGUAUCUGGAAUUCUGGUGCAACAUUUCCAUCGCCAAUAACUAGUUUCAGUAGUAGGACACAACAAUCAUUACAAGAAAUGUCGAAGCUGAGUAUUGGUCAUCAUGUUAGAGGGGAAACUUCUACUCCAAUCCACUAUUCAAAAUCCAACAACUCGUCUAAAUCACCCAUAACAAUAACUCAUCCGGGAUAUUUGAGGACUACUGCAGAUUUAUUGCGAAGUGGAAGCUCACCUCUACCUGCCUUCAGAGAUCACUCUCCAAACGUUGAAAAUAAGCCACCUUUAAAUGAAAAAUACCGGUUGUAUGCUGAUGUAAGCAGCCCAGGUUUCUGUGGAAGAAUUGCUGAUCGUCUAAAUGAAGAAAAUACAAUCCACCAAACAAAAUAUGAUACCGUUGGUGCAUUCCCUGUUGUAAAUCUCAAGAGCCAAUCUCCAAGAAUAAAAAUAAAAACACCUGUGCGUGUUCGUCUAGCACCACCAUCCAAUGAGCUAGUGCAAUACAACUAUGGGGCCAAUUCACAGCCAAAACCUUCUGCUAUGGGACCAGAUGAUUCAAUGAAAUCUGUGCUACAAGUGCUCAAGGAGAUCUCUCGCAAAAGGAUUCAUUCUCAUGUUGAUGAGGAUGAUGAGGAGAUCUCAAAGCGUUCUCGAGUCGCAGAUUCCCAAUUUGGAAAUGACGGACUACUUCACACGUCUCUGUUACAGCAGACUAUACAGGGGAAACGUGUGAGAGAGGAAUCGUCCCCAAAUGAGGAUGAUAAGAAGAGACACAAAGCCUCCCUGAAAAACAAUGAAAUAUUAUCAUCAUUGAGUUCCAGUGUUUCAGUACGGCCACCACAUUUAAAAACUGCAAAGCGCAAAGCUCAGUCCAUAGACGAUUCUCUCACUUCUACCCCUGUUCUUGGCAAACUUCUGAAGGUCCAAACCGAAGUUACACCUCCUACACUGACCAAUCGUAUAACUGCUCCUGAUUCUGGUGGAGCUACUACUGCUGCUGCCAAAAUUGUAAAGGAGACUAAGAGGUCGUCACCUGUCAUCUCAUCACCCGUUCCACCUCCUGCCGUUGUAGAGACCGUUGCUACACAUAAAGAGCCACCUAGAGGGGAGGAGAAAGAAGAAGAAGGAGCUGUGUCCCGUCUACUGGGCCGUAUGUCCAACCAGCCGAGCCACUCUGUGCCAAUCAAUAUACCUGUCAAGAAGAACGUGUUCAUGUCCACCAACGAUCUCAGCCUGUCUCCGCCUAAGGAGAACCGACUGGCGGCAAUGAUAGCAGUUCUGGGAGGACCAAGUGAACAAUCAGAACUAGAGGGCCCUCAAUCAGAACCACAAAAACAACCAGAAAGAUUAAUAAAAGGGAAAGCUUUAUUCACAACUCCUGAAUCACCUGCUACACCAGAAUCUGCCAAACUGAAGAAGAGUGUUACUUUCAGUGAAGCUCUGACUUCUACAAAGAUUUUUGAAAAGGAUGAACCUGAUGGUGGAAGUUUGAACAAAGUCAACUCUGUUGCGGUUCCAUCAACUCCCCUCUCUUCAUUCAACGCUUCUGGCAGUCUGAAAAUGGGAUCGGAAAGUCCUAAUGCUGCCAAACCAUUGACUUUAAAUUUCAGUUCCCCUUCAUCAGCUCCCCGCAAAGAAGCAUCAAAACCCAAUGAAAGUACAAAUUUAACAACAAACAGCCUCACAAGUAUUGUUUCAUUUAACCUUUCAUCUCCAGGGAAGGUUCAAACUCUACCCUAUAAGUCACCAUCUUCAUUUCCAAUUCUACCUCGAGUGUCGAGUAACGGUUCCACAAAUGUAUCAUCACCUGGAGGAUUUAAAUUUCCAGCAAACAGUUCUCUGUCCGACACAAGCAAAGGAGAUUCACCCAAACCAAACUCACCUGCAGUUAAGCCGUUUGCCUCAUUUGGUGGUGAAACAAAGACUUCUCAACCGGAUUCAGGGUUUCCUUCGUUGUUUUCGCCAGCAACAUCCACAACAGCACAGUCAGUUAGUACAGCUGAACAAAAUAAAUCCAUGUUCAACAUGUUUGGAAACAAAGACAAUUCAACUCCGCCUGCCACGGUUGAAAAUGGUAAUAAACCUCUAGUGAAUGGUUUUGCACCAACUUCAAGCAGUUCUUCGCCCUUUGCUCUGCAAGCAAGUGCAAACAAACCUCCAAGUAACACACCAAAUUCUUCUGUUUCACAAGUAGCUUCCCCUUAUAGUUUUGGGUCAACAAGUGGAUUUUCUGCAAGUUCCGCUUCUUCUUUAUCAACAAAACCAUUAGCCAGUUCAGCUCAACAAUCUACUGCAGCAAAUGUUUCAGCGCCUCAACCAAAUGCUUUAACCAGUAAUGCUGCCUCUCCAUCUGUAAAUAUGUUCAGUUCUGUUAUCAGUAAAUCGAGUCCCUUCGCUGCUGGAGGUAUACAGGCCCCGGCUGCCUUUGGAAAUGGGUCUCUAAGACCGCUUUCAUCAAACAGCCAGACUUCUCAAGCAAACACAAUAUUUGGAAGUGCUCCAUCACAAGGAGGAUUUGGAAGUUCAACAUCAUUGCAAAAUGGCACGGUUUCAUCAAGUGGAACAACUGCAAACAAUAACAUGUUUGGAAAUGCAUCAACAACUAUCAAGCCCAUUGCAUUUGGCAAUGAAUCUAAUUCUGUAACCCAACAAUCAACUGUGUUUGGAUUUUCAGGUACAGCGGCUACAACUCAAGCAAGCAGUCCUUUUGGAAUCUCAUUAAACAGUUCUACAACGACUGCUUCCACUAUGUUUGCCAAUAAUACCCCUACAUCAAAAACUCCAACCAUGUUUGGCAGCACUACUACAUCGAAUACUCCAGCCAUGUUUGGAAGUACUACGUCAUCAAAUAAUCCAACCAUGUUUGGCAGUACUACGACAUCCAAUACUUCGACAAUGUUUGGCAAUGCAACAACCACCAAUACCCCUACCAUGUUUGGAAGUACUACGACAUCUAAUACUCCAACUAUGUUUGGCAGUACUACAACAGCCAAUACUCCAACCAUGUUUGGCAACACAACAACAUCUAAUACACCAACCAUGUUUGGCAAUGCUACCACAGCAAAAUCUGCAUCUGUAUUUGGUAAUCCAACAAGUAUUGGGUCGCAGAGCAGUCCUUUCUCAGCACCUUCAACCACUGCUCAGCCUUCGCUAUUUGGCACUGCAACAAGCAGUGAUGCUUCAAAGAAUGUAUUCGCAGGUGCCAAUAACCCUACACCCAACUUUGGAGGUUUGGGCACCACGCCGAGUUCCUCUUUUGGUAAUCAAAAUAAUCCUACUUCAACCUUUGGAAGCCAGAAGACUACUGCAGCUUCUACCUUUGGAAACCAAAGCAAUCCUACUUUUGCUUUUGGAAGUCAAAACAGCACAAACACGGCUGGUGGAUUUGGUUCAUCUGGAACAUUCGGUGCCAAUUCCACUAGUUCAAACACGGGUGAAGCAAAACCGCCAGCUUUCGGUGCAAGCUCUCCAUUUAUGUUUGGCAACUCCACAGCGGGCAAGCCAACAGAAUCUGUGAAACCGCUCGGGACGGCAACACAAUUUGCAUUUAGUGCAACCGCUCAGACAAGUUCUCCAGCGCAACCUUCAGUGCCAAGCUUUGGCGCUGCGCCUCCUUCAUUUGGACAAAGUGCCCCUCCACCGACAUUUGGAGCUGCCACAACGCAACCUGCAGCCUCUUCUACCUUCCAGUUUGGACAGGCAUCUUCAUCUGCUGCCCCGGCAUUUCAGUUUAAUGCUGCACCUCCAACUGUCGGUGGAGGAAUGUUCAGUAUUGGUUCUGGUGGGUCCACGACCUCUCGUCCCAAAACUACAGCACUCCGGAGGAGCCACAAGCGGACAUAAGUCUACGGUCUUUAGUACCCCGUGGAACUUCUUCAUCACUCUGUUCUGAACUCUUGAAUUGAUCUGUCAAUCAAAUUAUAAAUAUAAUGUUGCCCAGGUGGGAACAAAUUCAUUUGACACGAUUUGCCUUUCAUCCUGCAAAUGUUAAAAUACUGUAAGUCAUGUUUAUGUAGUGAAUUAAUGAGUAUUGCUCGCGUUUGAGCAAAUUACGACAAUUAGCUGUAUAUUUAUUUUCAAUGUGUUUUCAAAAAACCAAAUGAAAAGUUUUUGAAAAGUACUGUUGAUUAUUGGAAAUACAUUUUAUAAAUGUGAAAUAGUGGGAAUAUUUCCCUUGUUACCAAUUUUGUUUGAUAUGAUGUGAGUUAGAAAUUUGAACGAGAGAAAUUAUGAAUCUUAAAAUGUCUGAGUGUGAUUAAAUGACUAAGCUACCUCCUCAUUGUACUGUAUUUGUAAACAUGUAUUUCAGCAAAAGUUCUAACCCCUCACACAUUUAAUGUAGGCAUAUCAAUUUAAAUAAGCUAUCGGUUAAGUUAAUAGUUCUCUGUAAUUUCCCUCAUUUUUAAAUUUCCUCCCGUUUAUUAAUUUUGUUAACUAUGUAUAUAUUACUGGUUGAUCAAUCUGAAUUUUAAUACGUUUUAUUCCUCCAUGUAUUUAAAUGUUUUGAUUUAUUUUGAUUUAAUUUUAAUUGUUCCUUAAUAUUGUGUUCUUAAACACUUCUAAUUUUCUGAUUUUUUAUGAUUACAGAAAAAUUAAGUCUUCAAUCCAAAGACGCUAAAUUUUAACAAGGAUAAUUUUAGGAAUCAGAUUUGUAUUAUUAACCACCUUACUCCUUUAUGUCACUUGCUGUUUUAAGUCAUAGGCACUUUUGCUGAACUACAAUAGUACUUAAAAUGUGAUAAGAGAUAUUUUUAUACGAGAAAUUGUUACAUACUCAUCAUUGUCAGCACAUAAACAUACUUAAAUAAAUUCUUUUGUUUAUAUGCCUGUAUAAAAAAUUAUUGUUUCACUCUGUGUAUUAUGUUACGAAUUUUAUAUCUUAUUUAGUUCAGUUUGUUUAGUAAUAAAUGAACAUUUAUUGG